AGUGUUUGUCCGUUAACUUCUGCAAAUCUUACGGUUAAAAUGUAAUUAGAGUUGUACAAAAGAAUGAUAGAAGCUGGUGCUUUGUCUUGUUUUCAUUUUGGAGAUUUUGUUUGUACUUUUUUAAAGUGUUUAAUAAAAUUUGUGUCGACAUUACAUAAAAAUGAAUGGUAGAAGCACGAAUAAAGGUUUGGUCUAGCGAUUCUAUGACACGUUUUUAAUUUGAAUUUCUUGAAUAUAUAUCAUAUAACAAUAAAAGUUAAAAACUUACACCACUCUUAUAAUAAUGAAAAAUAUUGGGGGAGGGGUAGUAUAGUUAUUUCCAUGAAAUUUGGUUAAUAUUUCUACUAGAGAGUAAAUGCAAUUAGAAAAUCUUUAUACGUUUUCAAUUGUCCUAAUGAGAAUCGAAUGGGUAAAAUGGGUACACGACAUUGAAAAAUAAUAAGUCGUUUAACUAAUUAAUCAAACAUUUAGAAACAAGUAAGAACGCUGUCACGCUGGCUUAGCUCAUUUAAGGAGAGACACGAAACCAACUUCCGGUCCGGACUAUGAAUUUGUAUUCUUUCAUUAGUUCAUUACUUGUCACCUUUUUCUCUAUGUAAUUAAUAUUUAAUUGGAUCGGUAUUUCCUUAAAUUAACUUGAUCAAUGUUGUGCUUGAUUGUCUACUUGUGCAAAAUACAAUUUGAUGCUGCCGAACAAUUAAGUGUGCAUGGUAUACACAAUACAAAACAAAAAGUUUCUAUGUACAACGUACUUGUUUCAAGAAAAAAAACAGCACAAUAUCUUGUUUUGAUGUGCUCAAAUCAAUGCCAAAUUAUGUAUAGAAAAAUGGUUUUACCAAUUAAUAUGAACAUAUGCUUUCACUAGCAAGAGUGGCAAAUUGUGUGAAAAAAGUAAUUUACUUCAUCAAAAAAUGUGGUUUGCGUUGGAUGAAAACAAAAGGAGAAAGUAUUUGUUGUUUGACGUUUAUAAGUAUAGCAUGCGAUUUGUUUUUGAAGCAAUUUUUUUCUUCUAUUAAAUAUUAGUCGGAUGUAUAUGUUGAAAUGCUAAAUAUAAUUUUGUUAUAUAAAUUAAUACAUCUAUUUUCACCAAAAUUUUGUUAUUUACGUUGAACAGAUGGGCUCAUAUCGCAAGUCACUUACCCGGAAGAACAGACAACGAGAUAAAAAAUUAUUGGAACUCAUGGAUCAAAAAGAAGAUCAGAAAACCUUCUCCUUCUCCUCCACCACCACCACCGUCACACUCCUCCUUACUCCUCCAACCUCCGCCACCAUCCUCUAGCCGGCAGCAGCAACCGCCAGCUUCCAACGGCGCCCAGUUAGUUAACAUAACCAACGUCAUAACCAAUAAUAACUACCCAACUUCCACCCAACUCCUUGACUUUUCCACGACCGCCCACCAACCCGACCCGACAUCAUUAUUACCCGCAGGAGGACGCGGGCCCCACCACCUCCUCCCGCCACCCGCCGACGCCAUCUUCCCUCCUCCUCCGCUCUUCAUCUUCGACGCCGCAGCGGCUGCCGGCGAUCACCAGAGCCAGCUUUUCAACGAGGCUGCGGCCGGAGGAUGGAACGACUUUCACAACCACCACCACCACCACCAUCAUAACCACAAUACUACGCCGCCGCCGCAGCCGUUCGGGUUCCUGCCACCGUUGUUCGAGAGCGAAGGGGAGCACAUGGAGGCGGCGGAGAGCAUGGCGGCGUUGAGGUGCCUGCAGAGGCACGGGGAGCUGAUGAUGAGCGACGACUGGGCGCCGGCGUCGUCGGGGAGUUUCCUGUUCUGGGAGGAGAACGACGUGGUUGUCGACGGCAGGGGAGUGCUCGCCGGCGGGGAGGUGGAUGGAGUGAUUGGCGGCGGCUGUUCGAGUAAUGCGGCGCCAAAUAUGGCGGCGGUAGGAGGGAUUUCGAAUUCCGCUCCUUUUGCUUCGUCGCUAUAGUAAUAAUUAUUCUACAUUAUUAUAAAAUAAUAAUAAUAAUAAUAAUACAUAAUCAUACUUGCAUAUUUAUAAAUCCUAGGGUGGAGUGGAAUAAAUCAAUUUAUGAUCCCUUUACCCUUGUUAACCUUCCAUUUUUGGAGUUUCAUUAUAGAGAUUUGAUUUUUCCCCCCUACUACAGGCUUGUUGAAAAGAAUGUGUACGUUUCCAGCGUUAAGGAUUCUUUCAUGGGUUGGAAGAGUGUUGUUGUUACAUUGCACGAGAUUUUUAUUUUUGUUGUUGGUGUGUUUGGGACUCCUUUGGGUUGUUCUUCACUUCUUUUCUUUGUAACAGAAGUUCCACAUCCAUAACUGAGAUGUGAGGAGGAAAUGAGAGGGAUUUUGAUUUGACAAUAAUAUUAAUGACAUAUUUGUAUAUGAAUUUGACCUUACCGCAUGAUUAAUUCAAUAUUGUGAACAUGUUCUAUCAUUCUACGUUAAACUUAUCUCAUUCUUUUGUUUAUACUUUAUACACUUCCAUUCCAUUAUUUAUGAGCUCUUUUCCCCCCUUCUUUCUUUAGCUGGGGUUGAUUUUAUGUUUCCAUGCGAAGGGGUUUGGUAUUAUGCGUAUAUUAUUUCAUAAACUUCUAGUGGUAAGUAUGGAUGAGAGAAGGUGUUCGAGUCCACAAAAAUGUCAAUGGCGUAGGAGCUAAGAGCACAUUUCCACCGGAAAAAGUGGGAGAAAUUGUGCAGGCCAAAGAAAGAUGGAGGGAUGGGGUUCAGGGAUCUCAAGAUUUUCAAUAAGGCCAUGCUUGCUAAGAAACUAUGGAAUAUUCAUGUUUUUUGGUGGCUCGGCUGCUUAAGGCAAAAUACCACCCACGUACUUCUAUCUUGGAAGCAAAACUAGGAUGGAGGCCAAGCUAUAUCGGGAGGAACUUAAUGAGAGCUUUGGACCUAUAGAAUUUUGGAAGUCGUUGGAGAAUUGGCUCUGGAGAGGAAGUCAGAAUUUGGGGAGAUAAAUGGGUCCCUAAUCUGGUUAAUCACGAGGUUCACUCAUAUUGCCCUUUCUUGGAUUGGGACGCUAAAAUUUCUAGCCUUAUCGAUCAAGAGACAAGAACUUGGAGACAGGACUUGCUUGAGAUUAUCUUUUCAGUGGAAGAACAACAUGCAAUAAUGGCAAUUCCUCUUUCUCCAGUCAUUGAAAAGUAUGUCUUAUGGUGGACAGGCUCUGAAGACGGGAACUAUUCCGUUAAAUCUGGCUAUCUUACUGAACAGAAAAGAAGGCUGGAGGAAAGUACAUGAGGCAUCUCAGGUACUGAAGAAGGCUUCUGUUGGAAGGAGUUGUCGAAAUUAAAGGUACCAGGAAAGAUUAAAACCUUCAUCUGGAAGGCUGCUCAUAAUAUCCUUCAUGUGGGAGUCAAGGUCAGUAAAAAAGUAAAGCAAAUGGGUAAUGAAUGUCCAAAUUGUGGUCUUAGAGAAACCCUUAAACAUUGUCUGGUGGAUUGCAGCAAGAAUACUAGAAUUUGGAGUAAGACUCCCCUAACAAAUAUGUUUUACAAAGCUGAAGGCUUAACUUGUAGAAAGUGGCUCAUGGAGGUCUUGAAGAACUAUUCGAAUAAGGAUGUUGCACAGUUCUGCUCUCUACUCUGGUUUUUGUGGAAGGAUAGGAACAACUUCCUAUUCAAUAACAAAUUUAUGCAGGAAUGGGAGGUGUUUCCCCAUGCAGAUAUCCAGUGUUUCAUGGAAGUAUAGAGGAAGGAUGAAAUGGCUAUAAGGCAGGACUGUAGGAAGAAUUGCAACCGGCAAAAACCUCCAUUUGGAGUCUUUUAACUAAACACGGAUGCUGGGAUUACAAGCAGGGGGGAAGUGGGUCUGGGUUGCAUUCUAAGGGACUGGAAUGGAGCUGUUGUGUUCGCAGCAAAUAAGAGAGUCAAAGUUAAAUGGCCACCAGAUGUAGCUGAAGGAAUGGAUGUACUUAUAGGUGUCAAUCAGGCGGGUUCGGGCUGGGUUCAAUCGGGUUCGGGUUCAAACGGGUUGCGGGUUAGUCGGGUUGCGGGUUCAUCGGGUUGCGAGCAAAUCGGCUUACGGGUUCAUCGGGUUUUGGGUCGGGCGGGUUGUGGGCGGAUCGGGUUUUGGGUUGUUCGGGCCCGCGCAUCUAGUAACUUAAAUCACUACAAGAAAAAACAUAGCUAGUGUCGGUUAUUUUAUAUGUUUAGUGUCGGUUUUAACAGAUACUAAUUCUUUUUGUGUCGGUUCACUUAACCGACACGAAAGUUGUCGACACUAAACCGAUUCGUGUCGAUUUUGGACAACCGCUGGAAUAACCGACACUAAUUAUUUAUCCAGAAAAUUAUUUUUUACUUGAAAUUGUUAUCUGUGUCGGUUCACUAACCGACUCAACUUAGUCAAAUUUUUAAUAAAAUAAAAAAUCCCCAGCGAGUCAAUCGUCGCAGGCGACCAUUCUCCCCCUCUCCGGCCAACCCUCUUCUUUUCCUAUCCCUCGAUAUAUAUCAAAACUAUUAGAAAAAACAAAGAUCUGCAAAGCUG